AUGACAACCACACACAGUUCAUUACGUGAUGAGCGCAAGUCAGCACCAAAGUGCCCGAGGAAACGGGAAAACAAUGAUCAAGAAAACACCUCUACAAGCAUUUCCCUACCUAGAAUCACAGCCCCGAACAUCGAGGAUACCAUUCCAAAUGUCGAUAGUCAACUUACACAUUUCGAAGGGCACCACGAGCAUGUUGCCGCCACACGCGCGACCAAUGUUUCCGAGACUCAGCCGCCAAGUCUUGAGAGCGAUGCGUUUGGCAUGACUGGCGACACCAUCAAUGGUAUCAAUGUUAGUGAGCAGGGUCAUUUAUCGAUGUUUCAACACCCUGCAUAUACGCCGGACUUCCUCGGAAACACGGAAAGUGUGUUGGGCUGGCCGGAUUUAUUCAGUGUGGGCUACUCUCUUUCGGAUCUACUCUCUCCCGGCUUUGACAACACGAACAACAAUGCCCCAGAACCCCAGAAUGCUCGCUCGUCAAUUGUUCCUCCCUUAACAGCGCCACACUCAGAUCAUACGAGACCUUUAUGGCACAGCCAGGAUGCUGUCAGUAGGUCUAGUCGACAAGAUGUCUCAAAUAUGGGUCUUCCUUGCCUCGAGCCUCAGGGGCCUAUGACAUUGGAGUUGAGUCAAGAUGACACCCAGAUGCUUCUUAAGCAUAUCAAGGACCACUGUUUCCCACAACUGUGGUCAUCGCCGCUUGGGAAAGAAUCGCCACUGGAAACUCAUCUUACCGCAGCCGUUUUGACAUUUGCCAACAUGACAUACCUCGCACCUCGUCAGAUAUCGCAUGCCUCAUUCACGAACGUACUUGCCCUUCUUGCAAUAUCUUCAAAGCAUUUGGCAGCACAGAUACGUAACGAAGACUCGGACAGGAGCGAGCAUUGGAACCAAUAUGCUGAGAGCGCGUACCAAAAGGCAAAGCAACAUCUCGAUUAUUCAUUGAGCACCGAGGUCUCUCCAAAGUUAGCAAAGUAUAAAGAUCUUAUCAUGGCAGUCUCAACUAUAGUAUCGUUCUCGAUACUUUACGAUAGACAGCCUGAUGCCAGAAAGUAUCUCAUUGAUGCUGAAAGGCUUUUAUUGAUUCAAGGUCUACCCAAGCCACAUAUCUCCAGAAAGAUUAAACUUCUGCAUCACACAUACACUUGGAACAGGGUCGUCAGUGAAAGUACCUACGUGUUAAGGGAUUCCGAUAGUGCCAAUAUACCUGUGGCCACAGAACCAUAUGCUCCGCCAGAUGGUAAGGGCCCUGCUGAGAGAGGAACAGGGGGUAAUAACAUAAACCGCUCAGCGGAGACUGAUGACUCUUCAAGGGAAAGUGGGAGGGAGGUGAACCACGACAUUCAUCUCAAACAGGGCCGAGGCAUGUCAGAAUCGGCUUUCAUGAUGCUGUAUGGGGUAUCUGAAACUUGGUUAAGCCUUGUGUCUCAGACCACUCGACUUGCCAACCUGAUACAAGCAUUGAAUCAUGGCAGCAAAGAGAAAACGUUGACAUUGCAUGAGCAUAUCGAGAGACGCAAAGAGUCACUAGAACACAGGAUUUGUUCUUUUGCUUCGACAAAACCCACUACUGAUCUUCCCAUCGAUCUCGACCACCUAUCAAAUGCACCGUCACGAGAAAGCCAGCGCACCGCACGCUCUCAUUUAGUCCGAGCACUGAACUUCGCUCUUGUUAUUUUUUUCUACCGUCGAGUAUUCAACGUCCAUCCCCAUAUCCUCCAGGACUACAUUAACAACGUCAUGCAUGCCCUGCAGGAGUUUGAGCGGCGCUGCGACAGAGAAACGAGGGCCAGGGUCACCGUGGCCAGCGUUUAUGGCUGGCUGUGA